AUGAAUUCUACUUCAUCUUACUUUGUUCUUGAGGCUUAUUUACCUGUGGGAACUUUGAGAUACUUGUUCUUCAUGUUGACUGCAGUGAUUUACGUGUUCAUCCUGAUUUCCAACACGUCUCUGAUUGUAGUUAUCUGUAUGAACAGAAGUCUCCAUGAACCUAUGUACGUGUUCCUGUGCAGCCUGUUUGUAAAUGAACUGUAUGGUAGCACAGGGUUGUUUCCUCUCCUCCUGCUCCAGAUCCUCUCAGACGUUCACACUGUUCCUCGUCCUCUUUGUUUCCUGCAGAUCUUCUGUUUGUACACGUAUGUGAAUGUGGAGUUUUGUAAUUUAGCCGUGAUGUCUUAUGACAGAUAUCUGGCCAUCUGUUGUCCUCUGCAGUACAACACACGUAUGACGGUGAACAAAGCAGUCACCUUCAUUACUGUGCUCUGGUUUUACUCUUUUGUGAAGUUUCUGAUAACUGGCCAUCUGUUGACUUCCCCUUUACAGCUGUGUGGAAACUUCAUUCACAAAGUUUACUGUGGAAACUUCUCUGUGGUCAAACUGUCGUGUUCUGACACCACAGCCAACAACGUGUAUGGACUCAUCUUCACAUUCAUCUCCAUCAUCCUUCCUCUGGUUUUAAUCCUCUACACGUACGUGAGGAUUUUUAAGGUUUGUUUCUCUGGUUCCAAGCAGACGAGACAAAAAGCCGUCAGCACCUGCACCCCCCACCUGGCCUCGCUGCUCAACUUCUCCUUUGGUUGUUCAUUUGAAAUCGUGCAGAGCAGAUUUAAUAUGAACAGUUUAUCCUUGUACGCUAUAACAUGUCUGCCGCUCUUUAAUCCCGUACUGUACGGACUGAACAUGACUAAGAUUCGGACUAAGUUCCUUAUCCACUGA